CAUAUGAAAACCUUCGACUUAUUAAAAUUUAUACAGAGAUGAAGGAAUAAGAGAGAGAGGGAGGGCAGAGAAGAAAGAGAGAGAAGAGAAGAGAAAGGGAGGAUCAAGGAGGGAAAGGGAGGAUCGAGACAUAGAAAAGAAGAAAUAAGAGGAGAAUAUGAAAUGAAGGGGGGACUGAGAGACAGAAGCGCUAAUGUGAAAUGAAGGGGGAAGGUGGGCGGCUGGAUUAGUAGGGUUUUGUUUUUGUUUUUUGUUUUUUGUUUUUUUUUUUUUUUUUGACGAAUUCCGUUAUAAAAUAUGUACUUUAUGACGGAAUUAAUCCGUAGGAAAUUUCCUACGAAAUCAAAAUUCGUUAGAAAUAAAGUAUUUUCUAAUGGAUCCCCGUAAAAAAAAAAAAAAAAAAAAAAAAAAAAAAAAAAAAAAGUAUUUUCUAAUGGAUUUAAAUUCCAAUAAAAAUUUCCGAUGGAUUUUUCAAAGGAAAAUUUAUAAUCGUUGGAAAUUUUCGACGAAAUUUGUCAGAAUAUUCGUAUUUUCUAACGAAUUUUCAUGUCUGAAUUGAAGUUAUUCGUUGAAAAUUGAGUCUUUUCUUAUAUUGAUUUUAUUAAAUCCACCGUGGGAACUCUGUUUCAUAUAAAAUAAUUGCAAUUAUAUAAUUUGCUCUUCUUUUUACCCAUUUCGAAUCUUGUUUAGACUUUUUGUGUGUUUAUGCUAUCUUCACUUGAACAAUUGAUACAGUAUGAAGGUGGUGCUGCAACUUGGGCCCCUAUAGAUGGUGUGCACAUUUUUAGUUGCUAUUAUUUUGUGUCUAAUUAAAUGCAUCGUUUAUAUGAAGAAAAAAAAUGAUUUUCUUAGAUCGAUUUAAUCUAAUUUUGCCUCCUUGAUAUUUAAUUGGAUAAAUAACUUGUUAUGUUAUCUAAUCUUCCUCGUGACCUUUAGGGCAUAUUUUUUCUGUGAUUAUUUUCUUUGCUUUUAUAUACUUGCAACACAUUAAGGUAUAAAAUUUAUAUUGUAACAACUUAACAAUAAUGACAUAAUUUUUUUUCAAUUAAUUUGUAUGUUUACCUAGUCUAAUAUGUUCUUUAAUGUGCGUGUUAAAAUGGCGUGGUUAAUAAAAACAGGGUAAGUAUAUCACAAAUUCACACAAGAUCUAAUUUUCAUACAACAAGUCAAUAAGAGUGAAUAGAAUUUUUUUUUUUUUUUUUUAUUUUUUAUUUUUAUUUUUUUAUGGUAAUAAGAGUGAAUAGAUUGAUUGUAUUUUCUUUAUAUCUUUUUUAAAAUCUAACCGAAUGAUCAAGUUUUAUUGUAUACAUUCCGAUUAAUUUGUAUCUCAUUAGAUGCAUUUUUUUUAAUAAAACAAUUUCCACUAUAUUAAUUUUAGAUAUUUUAAUUUACUCUUUUAAGCUCUAAUUGAACAAGUAGUGUUGUGCAGUUGUGCUUAUGUAAUCAUCUGUUUCUCAAUUUGGCAUUUAGUACAGUGAUCUUUUAUCCUUCUUGUGACCUUAUGAAGGAUGUACACUAUUUUUGUUACUUUUUUCCUCUGUUUUAAAUUAGUGGAAAAUUGUAAAUUACUACCUUAAAAAUAGGGGUGUAAAUGAGCCGAGCCGAGUACUCAAAAAAAAAGUUGUUAAUUAAUAGCCCUAAAAUUGAUUAAUUCUAGUAACUACUAUCUUUUUCCCUAAUCAGCCUACUUAAUUAUUUAAAAGCAUCAUUAUCCGUCUAAAUUGUAAUUAUUAGCUUUUUUUUGAAACAGUAAUUAUUAGCUUUUAAACAUAAUUAAUUAGAUAAACCCUUGCACCACCACCAUACCACCAUUGCACCACCUCCGGCAGCCUCCUUACCACCUGCAGUAGCUCCCCCACCGUGAAUCUCGUUCCCCUUUCGAUCCCCCAUCGCGAAAACCACCUCUUCUGUUCCCCUAGCAAGAAAUCCAAUCUAAUCCUCACUCGUUUCCCCGUCACGAUUACCACCUUCCUCUCGCUUUCCACCUCAAUUCCCAUCCCACUCCUUCCCCUACCAUGAAACUCAUCCCUCUUCCGAUCCCUCACAACUAAUUGCAUCCCCAUCAUGUGGCUGGACUAUUUCCGAGGCUAAGGGGAAGGGGAAAGGUGGUAAUCGCGAUUUGGGAAAAGGGAGAGCUGGGUUUUAAGGGUUGGGGCAAAGGGAUGAGCGAUAAUUACAGUGGAUUUAUGGUGGGAGAACAGGAGAGGAUAGGUUUUGUGGUGAAUGACCAAGAGGAGGAUGAAUUUCGGGGUGGGGGAGCUGCCGGAGGUGGUAAAGGGAAUUUGUUGGAGGUGGUGUGGAGGUGGUGCUAGGAUUUAUAUAAUUAAUUAAGGUUUUAAAGCUAAUAAUUACAAUUUUAUCAAAUAAUUAUGUCAUUAAAAUCUUAAGUAGACCGAUUAGGGAAAUAGGUAGUAGUUACUAGUAUUAAUCGGUGUUAGGGGUUGUAAUUAACAUAUUUUUUUAGGGGUAGUAAUUAACAAAGGCCCUCUUUUUGAGAUAGUAAUUCACAAAUUUUUCUAAAUUAGUUGACAAAUUUUAACAUUUGAUACUAUUCAUAAACUCUACAUUGAUGACUAGCUUAUGUGAUUCAUUGAUAAGAAAUAUCACUCUUAUUAGAUUUGUUGGAAUUUUCUCAAUGAGUUCAAUUUAUAAAUAUCAAAUUUUUAUUAUUUUAACUUUUGUUAAUUAGUGAUAUUUACAAUUAAAUUUAUACAUUGGCAAAUGUGAUAACUGUAAUGUGCCAGCUAAUUUAUUGGAAGAAGGGUGUUUAUUUGUUGUUCGUUUAAUACAUCACAAGAAUUGUGUUUCAUAUAAACAUUUUCUAUUAGAUUUAUCUUUUGACCGUUUAUUUAAGAUUUUUUUUUUACUCUUUUUCAGGCUUUACCAGAUAUUCAGGUCUUUAGUAUUUGACGUUAAGGAUAAAUUUUGUUGAUGCCCCAUAUUACCUUAUAAAGGAUCGAUGAAAAGGGGUUCACCUAUUUCAAAAUAUCAAUUUUUUUUUAUUGCUAAUAAAAAUAUUUAUUGUUGAAUUUAUGCAUUGGUAAACAUGAUAAAUGCAUCGUGUAAACUAAAUUAGAGCAAAAGAAGAAUUAAUUUGUUUCUCGUUUUAUAUAUUACAAGAAUUGUGUUACAUAUAAACAAUUUCAAUUAAAUUUAUGUUGUUCUCAUUUAAUUUUACCCAUUUUGAGUUAUAAUCUAAGCAUAUUUGUAUUUUAUGUCAUUUCUUUUAAAGUAUAAACAUAGACGAGUUUCCUCGUGACUGUUUAAUAGGUGUGCUUAUUUUUUGAUGCUAUUAGUUUCUUUCACAUUGAGGGCUUCAAGCAAUAACCAUGAGAUCAAUCUAUCUUUUGACCCCUUUUUUAAGUUUUUUUUUUUACAUAUUUUCAGGCUUUACCGGAUAUUCAGGUCUUCUGUAUUUGACAGUUAGCAUGAACAUUAUUGAUCCCUCUCAUGACCCUAUUUUUGUUGUUAUUUAGUUUUGUCUUAUAAAAAAUAUUAUGUAACUUCUUAUACAUACAAAUGGUCCAUCACAUGUCCCUCCCUCUCCCUCUCCCUCUCCCUCUCCCCUUAGCCUCGUAACAUUAAAGAAGAUCUCGUGUUAGCACUUAGCAAGAUCCUAAAAAUACAUUUGCUAUUUUGGACAGUUUUUCUUUGCUGGUUAUGUUUUAAUUAUUUGAUAAAUUAAUAUGUAUUUUAACAUAUAUUUCCUCAUGCAAAUAUUUCCAAUGCAACGAUUCUCCUACCAAAAUAUAUUUACCUACUCCUAAAGCAACUAUUCCUAUUUAUAAAAAUAUUCAUUUACUCCCAACUUGAAUAUUCAUAUUUCUAAUGUUGAAUUAAUUUCGCAACACCUUUUUUUUUUUUUUUUUUUUUUUGAGGAAAAUUUCGCAACACUUGAUAUAUGUGACAACUAAUCAUUACGUUAUACUAUCUCAUUUUCCUUAAUAUCUGCGUAAAAUCAUUAAACUUAACAAUUAAAGAUUAUAUAAAUUGAUGUGUCAGCAAUCUUUUAUUGUAAUUAUUCUGAGUAUCUAUUUUUAAGAGAAAUUAUCUUAAAUGACUUUAUUAACGUCAUAUUGUUACAUAACCUAUUAAAUGUAAUAAUUGACUAUUAUUUUAAAAACAUUUAAUAAAAAGUUGAAAUAAAUCUUUAAUUUAUAGAAAUGCCCUACAAAGAAGAUACUUCAAUUAAAAAAUAUAUUAAAGAAAAAGAAAUCACUUUUAGUAAUAUAUACACCUCAUAUUCAAGUAUAACAUAAUAAUUAAAAUAUACAAAAAUGAUGUACUUAAAAAAAAUCAAUUAAGAAAGAAAAAUGGUGUACUUAAAUAAAACGAAGGGAGUAUACAUUACGGUCCAAAUCUACUACACCCAAAAAUUGGUAUAAGUAUGAAAAAAACUGUAUAAAAAUGAGAACCGAUUGAAUAAAAUAAGUAUUGCAAUCAAUUAUACGGGUACGUAUGCUAAUAUAUACUUUGAUCAAUAAUAUUUUUAAUCAUCAAUAUAAUUAUUUAUUAUAAAAAUUUGAUAUUUAAAACUAUGCAUUAAAAUAAUUCUAACAAAUAUCCGUAUAACUAUAUAGUCUUUUUUUUUUUGUAUAAAUCACAAACAUUUGUCAAAAGUCAAACCGUAACACUUAAAAAAAAGGAGGGAGUAAUAAGAAACGGAUUUAGGCAGGCCUAUUUGUACUCCUCUCUCUCUCUCUCUCUCACUCUCACUCUCACUCUCAUUCUCUAUUUCCCUCUUUCUCUCUCUAAUUUUCUCUUUCUUAGUUUGCUAGCACACUCAACUUUCUCCAUUGAGACUUCUGAAAUUUCUAUCCUCCAUUGAAGCAACUUCUAAGGUUAUAAAUAAAGGAAAAUUGGGUUCAACCUGAAGGAGAUUUUGCUGGAGAACAUAGUUUUGAGGAAGAAAUAAUUUUUGGUCAAUUUUAAUUUUUGUUCUAAAAAAAAACGAUUUUAAUUAUUUAUUUUUACAAAAAUAAAAAAUAAUAUAUGUUUUUUGUUGGAGAGUGAUUUUCCAAAGAGUUGAGAUGGAAAAUUACAAAGGAAAAUCAAUUCCAAUUGUAAAUGAUUUUGGUAUCAAUGGGCCAUGGAUUCCAUUCACCCCUUUGAAUCCUCAUCUUGGACCGAUCAAUGAAAAUGGUGAUGUUGGAAAUUAUUUGUCAGCAUUUUCUCAACAAAAUAAUCAUGCUCAAACUCUUUUAUCUUAUUCAGGAACUCCUCCAUCAAUUAAUAAUGGUAUUAGCAGUAUUCCUAGUAGCAGUAGCAAUACCAACCAUCACCAACACCUUAGGUAUGAUGAUGGUGGUAGAUUAAUGCAGAGAAGGGGUUUAGAGUAUUAUCUGCCUGCUUGGAAUAGCCAAGGUAUGAGAACUAAUGUGGCUUAUCCUUGGACAAACCCGACAGCAGCCGCGGCUCAGGGUAGUUAUAUCAGUGAUUACCCCUACUUGAGUUCUUGGGAAUCAUCAAUGCCGUGGACACAAAAUGGGAUCGGAGAUGGCACAUUCCCCGCCGCCUCCGCCUCCGCUGCAGCAAUGGAGCAGUUUGAGACUAUGUCAUAUACAGGCCUUUUAUGCAGUAAUGAUAUUUCUGGUCUGGGACUAGGAAUGGGAAGUGAAGCAGUUUACCAAGGAUGGGAUUACAAUCAGUAUCUUGGAGGAUAUAAUACUGAUGUGUAUGGAAACCCAAUUUACAACCCGAUUUUCCAAAGAGAAAUGCAAAGUUGUGCUUCUCCUCAUCAGUACCAGAGUGUUUAUGAUGCCAACUCUUCUCAAGAUACAAAGCACGCAAAUGGAAAUUAUUCCAAUUUUGCUCCUGCAACUCCAGACUCUCGGUGGAGAAUUGAUAGUAAUGAGGCUCCAGGGAACUCACCUUUUGGCACUUAUCAAAGGUCAACUGAGCAGAACAGGUUGCCAGAACAAGUUAAACAAGUUGCUGCUGCUGUGAUGAUCAACGUUCACAAUGUUCAAGAAGGAGUCACCAUUCCCAAUACACAAGAAUCAUCAACUGGUAAGGUCUCCAUGACAGUAGAGAAUCACAACCCUGACAAGGGAAGCGACCAAGUUAUUGACCUAAACAAGACACCACAGAAGAAAACACGACGGAGAAAGUACACACCAAAGGUCUUGAGCGAAAAGAAACCUAAACAUACUCCAAAACCUAAAACCCCCAAGCCCACUGAUCCCAAGGAGGAUACACAAGUUAAAAGAAAGUAUGUGCGGAAGAACAAGGUGAACACACCUUUGGAAACUGCUACAGAAGGAGAGCAAACACCAGCAGGAGCAACUGAAGCAGGAGUGUCAACACCAACAGGAGAAACUGAAGCAAGAAACUCAAAACAAUCAGGACUUGUCGCCAAGUCCUGCAGAAAAUCCUUGAACUUUGACUUGAAUGGACAAGCAGAAAGUAACUUCCCUCAUAUGCCAAAUGGAUAUUUGCAUGUUGUGCCACAGCCAAACAUGUGUGACACUACUCUUAGAAUGGGCCAAGAAUUGAUGGUUGAAACAUCCAAGGUGUGUACUGCUUAUGAGCUUAACUAUACCCAACAUCAGGAACUCAAAAAAUACCUCUCACUUCCCACAAAAGACUACCAGAAUAAUACACAGCCUGACCUGAUUAACCUCUCCAAGGAAAUAGAUGAGGGUCAUCACAGUUUGUUAGGAAACAACACUGAGGUUUCUUCCAGAAAUGAAGCUCAUUUGGCACAAAGUCCCAAUUCAAGCCCUUGUGCAAGUUCUAACGAACAGAAAAUUUCAAGAGGAUCAAAGAGGAGAAAUUAUUGCAUGGCAGAUAUUGCCGCAGGAAGUGUGGAUGCUGCCAAUCACUGUACCUUCUGGCAGCCAAACCACUCAAAUUUUGGAAAUGCUACUACUGGAGAGCUUCAUACAUUUCUCUUUCCCGAAAUUUUCAAGAAGAAGAGAACUGAAAAGGUACAAAGGCCACACAUACCAAGUAUGCCAUCUACUACUGCUACAUCCGAAGAUAUCAACCUGGUAGCCGACACUCAAAAUCAUUCAAGAGUUUAUCCCACCACAUCAAAGUACUACUGCAACCCUGCUUCUUAUAGUAAUAAUGCAGUGUCUCAUAAUCAUGCUGAGUUACUUAUGGGAAGCGUUGAGGACACGGUGCAGCCCUUGGAUAGUUGGACUGACAUGGCAAAGUUGAAAAAGAAAAAGAGAUCAAAAGGCACUACUCGUGUUAGUGAUUUGGCCCCACUGAGGGGGAAACCAGGACCCAAAGGUCCUCGCAAAAAGACAAGUAAUACUUCAGAACAUGCUUCCACAGAGGCCCUAGAAGUUGACAGCACACCAAAGCCAAGAUCAAAGAGGGAAUCUAGGAAACAGAAUUCUUCAAACAAGAGGGACCUAAUCUUGUAUGAUGCUAAUCAGCCUGCCAGAAAAGCAACAGGUUCUGUUCCAGCACUACCAUGGGUAAGAACUAGCUCCAGCUCCAUUGAAGAUUUGACUGAAGGAAUGAAGCUGCUGGAUAUCAACAGAGAAGGCUACAGCUUUUCACUUCAAGAACAGAAUGCACUGGUCCCAUACAAGGCAAAGAAGGUAAAAAAUGCAAGAAACGGGCUAGUUGUUUACGGGAGAGAAGGGACUAUAGUGCCAUUUGACGGGCCAUUUGAUCCUGUUAGAAAGAGACACCAACGGCCUAAGGUUGACCUUGAUGAUGAGACCACUAAAGUGUGGAAACUUCUUCUUGAGAACAGUGACAAUAAAGGUGUUGAUGGAACUGAUGAGGAUAAAGCAAGAUGGUGGGCAAAUGAACGAAGUGUCUUCCAUGGGCGUGUGGACUCAUUUAUAGCACGCAUGCGUCUCGUUCAAGGAGAUAGACGCUUCACUCCUUGGAAAGGCUCUGUUCUGGACUCUGUUAUCGGAGUCUUUCUUACUCAGAAUGUAGCAGACCAUCUUUCGAGUUCUGCCUUCAUGAAAAUGGCUGCUCAUUUUCCACUCAAGUCAGAAGGGAGUGAAAGUACCCUCUCAGUGGAGUCAACAACUACAACUGCUUUGGCUGUUGAACCAAAUAUUUGCAUAAUUGAACCAGAGAAAAGCAUUACUUGGAACGAGAAGACAGAUAGUGAAGAGAAGGAUGUUGUUAGUAGCAAAGAAGUGACUGGAAGAGCUCCUGGUUCAGUUAGCCCUAAGGAUUACUCCAGUGAAAACAGCCAAAAAACCCCCAAUAAUUCAACAGUUGAUAAUGCAAAUAGCCAAACUACAGAGACAGAGACAGCAAGUGUCUUAGGAGAUGACAGAGCAAACGAUGAUGCAACUUCAUCACAAGAUUUACAACACUCAGCAGUGUCAUCCCAGAACACUAUCAACUCUCCAAAUCUGCAGACUGCUGGAACAAUGAGCAUUUUUUCAGAGAAUUAUUCAAAUACACAGCCUUUAGUAACUGGCUCCCAAUCCAAUUAUUUUGAUUGUUCCACCUUGUCUGUGAGUCGGCUAAAGAUGGCAGAGAGUCCCUUCCUUAAUGAACCUUACAGCCAAACCCAACAAGAUCCGCUAGAGUGCAUCAAUCAUGUAACAAUCAGUUCUCUAGAAUCACAAGGAUUCUGCGCAAAUAAUGACCAGUUGAAUCUGAAUUUUCAAUUACCAGACGUAGAUAGAAGAUCUCCCCAUAUAUCAAGAAAAGAUGAGAACAGCAAACCAACAGAACAAAGCAAUCUGACUACAGAAUCAGCGGUGCAUCAUUUUGCACAGGAGAAAAGUUCAGAUAGCAUUCCAAGAUCUUUUCCUGAUAAUAACCACUCAUUUCAUGUUCUUGAGGGUGAUAACAUGGUGAUGCAUUCACAAAAGCAGUCAAUGAAGGAGCCAUCACAUGAUGUUUCAUCUGCAAAUGUUCAAACAAGUUCAAACUGGAAAAGUGCAAAAUUGAAAAACGAAGUAACUACUGAUGUUACCGAAAGUACUGCAGAAUUAAAAAGGGCAAGCAAUGAUCUGAAAAUAAUUGAGAAAAUAUCUGAACAGAAAUAUGCAUCAGGUGGAAUUUCAGCGAUGACAAAUGCAAGCGCUGGCGAAUCUGAGAAAGGAAAGGCAGAGGUAAAGGCUAACGCAUUUGACUGGGAUAGUUUGCGAAAACAAGUAGAACCAAAUGGUAUAAAAAAAGAAAGAACAGCAAAUACAAGGGACUCAGCAGACUGGGAAGCAGUAAGACACGCUGAUGUGAAUGAAAUUGCUGAAACCAUUAAGGCUAGGGGCAUGAGCAUCAAGCUUGCAGGUCGGAUAAAGCGUCUGUUGGACAGGCUGGUCAAGGAUCAUGGCAGUAUCGACAUGGAAUGGCUGAGAGACAUUCCCCCAGACAAAACAAAAGAAUACCUAUUGAGCGUAAAAGGGUUGGGAUUGAAGAGUGUAGAAUGUGUGCGACUCUUGACACUGCACCAUCUUGCUUUCCCAGUUGACACCAAUGUUGGACGUAUAGCUGUGAGGCUAGGAUGGGUUCCGCUUCAACCCCUACCAGAGUCUCUUCAAUUGCAUCUUUUAGAACUGUACCCUAUCUUGGCAUCCAUUCAAAAGUACUUAUGGCCACGGCUUUGCAAGCUGGACCAGAAGACUUUAUAUGAGUUGCACUAUCACUUGAUCACUUUUGGAAAGGUAUUUUGCACCAAACAGCAGCCUAAUUGCAAUGCAUGUCCCAUGAGAGGAGAUUGCAGACAUUUUGCCAGUGCAUUUGCAAAUGCUAGAUUUGCCCUUCCAAGGCCAGAAGAAAGAAGCAUUAUGCCUUCAAGUGGGGGCAGUUCAGCACAUCCAAAUUCUCAAGCUAGCACCAAUCCUUUGCUUUUGCCCCCCUCUUAUUCACAAAGCAACUGCGUUAAUGGUGCUCCAAUAAGUGCAGUUUCAUCUUCCCCACUGGCACUACACUACCAACAGACUCAACUGGAGAGGCAAUCUGAAAUUAGGAACUGUGAACCAAUAGUGGAAGUUCCUGCAUCACCAGAACCAUUACCAGAGCAGGAACAAACAUUAUGUGAUAUUGAAGACACAUUUUACGACGAUCCAAAUGAAAUCCCAAUAGUUAAAAUUCAUAUGGAACCAUUGUCUCAGACUCUAGAGAAUUGCAGGGAUAGAAAUUCAAGUGCCUUGGUGGCUUUAACACCUGAAGCUGCUUCCAUUCCAACACCAAAGCUCAAGAAUAUAAGCCGACUGAGAACAGAGCAUCAUGUCUAUGAACUCCCCGACACACAUCCUCUCUUGAAAGGGUUGGGAAAAAGAGAGCCUGACGACCCAUGUUCAUACCUACUUGCAAUAUGGACCCCAGGUGAAACUGCAAGCUCUAUUGAACCUCCUGAAAGAAAAUGUCACUCUGAAGAUCCCAGCAUAUUGUGCAAUGAGGAGACAUGUUCUUAUUGCAACAGUCAGCGGGAAUCAAACUCCCAUAGCGUACGGGGAACACUUCUGAUACCAUGCAGAACUGCAAUGAGAGGCAGUUUCCCACUUAAUGGAACAUAUUUCCAAGUGAAUGAGGUAUUUGCUGACCAUGAAUCCAGUAUUAAUCCAAUAGCAGUCCCCAGGACUUUGUUAUGGAACCUUCCAAGACGUAUGGUUUAUUUUGGAACAUCAAUUCCAACCAUCUUUAGAGGUUUGACCACUGCAGACAUUCAACGUUGCUUCUGGAGAGGAUUUGUUUGUGUAAGGGGAUUUGACCGAAAAAGAAGAGCACCUCGUCCACUCAUAGCCAGAUUGCAUUUUCCAGCCAGCAAGACUAAGGGGGCAAAAGGUAAGACGCAUGAUGAGUAAAUGACGAUGAACUGGCUGUUGGAGUCACAAAAAUAUCAGCGAGGUUAAAAGAGAUAACAGCGUUGUCUGGAAUUAGGAAAUGUAUCAAGAUAUUGACCUUGUACAUCAUUUAUAAAGAUUGUAAGCAAUUUAAAUUGAUGCUCCAAUUGAGCAAGUUUCUGCAGUAGGAGAAUAAAGCAUAGAAUUGCGAUCAACAUGUGAGUACAGUACUUCAUAACAGACAAAUUGAGAUUAAAAAAAAAUUGUUCUCAGUGAAAAUUCAGCAUCGGCCAAUGUU